AUGGCGCCAACAGUUCUUGAAAGUCCCACGGAUGUUGCGGGGGAAUUGCCAAUAGGGGAUGCCCACAUUUUCAUUGACAAUUCAAACCUCUGGAUCGCAGGGCAAAGAACCUAUGCAGAACGGAUGGGACUCCAAGUGUCGUGGGACCCAACUUGGAGGUCUGACAUCGAAUGGCUUUGUACUGUCAUCCUGCAAAACUCGAAUCUUACACCUGAGGAGCAGCAAUACGAUGUCAAGGUCAACUUAUAUGGCUCAAUCCCGCCACCCGUUGAUACCUUCUGGAAGAAGAUUGAUUCGUAUAACGUUCGGGUUAGUGUCCUUGCUCGGAGUACCUGGACAAAAAAGGAGAAACAGGUAGAUGCCAAACUCGUUGCCGAGUGCGUUAAGACAGCAGCCGAAGCGCAUUUCAAAGAGAUUCCCUCUGUGUUCAUUAUUGUGUCGGGCGAUAGGGACGUGCAUGCUGCCAUCCAGACAAUUGCCGGCGACUAUAGCCAUAAGGUUCACUUAUGGGCUUAG